AUGUCUCAUGUAAGUGAAAUGUGGUGUUAUCACUGGAAAUGGAAGCUGCAUCACUGUCUCUGCUUGUUUACCACAUAUAUUAUAUACAUGCAGCAAGCAGCUCACGGAUGCUAUGACUGUAGGACUGUGCUAACUGACCCCUCUGGAGUUUUCACUUCGCCAUGCUUCCCCAGUGACUAUCCCAACAGCCAAGCAUGCAAGUGGAUCAUCCGAGCACCUCAUGGAUUUAUCAUACAGCUAACCUUUAUUGAUUUCGACAUUGAAGAAGCUCCAGGCUGCAUUUAUGAUUCACUGACAUUAGACAACGGAGAAAGCCCAAUGAACCUUUGUGGCAUCACUGCCAAAGGAUUAUCCUAUAAUUCUACCGGAAAUGAAAUGAUUGUGUCAUUUAAAAGCGACUUCAGUAUCCAAAAGAAAGGUUUUAAUGCCAGCUAUGUACGAAUUGCCGUGUCUCUGAGGAAUCAGAAAGUCAUCAUUCCCCAGGUUCCUGACAUCGAUGCUGUGUCUGUGGCAGAGACCAUCUCAGUGCCAGAGCUUAGACAGUUUACACUGUGCUUUGAAGCAACCAAGGGCAACAGUGAUGACAACGAUGACUGGAAGGUUUUCUCCUACAGUGAUGCAUUGUUGAGAGAGCUCUUCAGCUUUGGGAAGACCACAAAAGGCCAUUUUCUAUCCAUCUCAGGCACACAGUGCAUCCUUAAGAAUGCAUUGCCCCGAAAUGCAGAGUUUUUCACAGGAACCUUUCAACAGCUCUGUGUUGUAUGGGACAGCUUCUCGGGCACUAUAGGUGUAUAUGCCAAAAGCACCUAUCAUGUGGUGGACUGUCCAGAGAUCUUUGACAAAGUUAUCCCUGGAAAUGGAAGGCUGGUGCUGGGCUCUAACAGCAAUGAAGUGAGCUCUCUAAAUGGGGACAUUUACAACUUCCGCCUCUGGAAUUUCACCAUGAAUGCGCAAACACUGGCCAACCUCAGCUGCGAUGUGAAAGGAAACAUUGUAGACUGGGAAAAUGAAUUCUGGAGUAUUCCAACUUCAGCACUGAAAGCAGAAAACAAUUUGAGUUGUGGCUCAUAUCUAAUUUCCUCUUCUUCAAUUGAACCAACCAGUUGUGCAAACCUAGGAAGCCUUUGCCAAGCUACUGUAAAUGCUACUACUCCUACACCACCCACUGUCACCACUAACAUGCCUGAUACUAAUAGAAACGAUAAGCCAAACAAUGGUGGGCUAUUCUACAGGAUAUCUAUAGUUGUCUCUAGUUCCAACCCCAACUCAGUAUCAAAAGUACAUGAUGUCGUUGCAGAAUGGCUGAACCGUACUUUCCAGAACUGGAAUUACACUGUGUAUGUGGUCAAUAUCAGCAUCCACCCUGCCUCCAUAAGAGAAGGAGCAAGACAAAAAAGAAGUAUUAAAAGCUUUAGUGCUUUGGCUCUUCUGGUUUAUAAUUCUACCAACAACAUCAAUUUAGAAGAGGAGGACAUCCGACAGAAGCUUAUAAGUAAUAAUCGGACCAUGGAAGAGGGAUAUCAGCUUCAUACUGUGGAUGUUGAUCCAGUGGAAAAAUGUUUAGCUGAAGAAAACCCUCCAAACUAUUUUUGGCCAGAUACCAGGCCUACAGUGACCAACUUCACAUUUUGCCAUGGGAGCUCAGUUCAGACUGCAUCAAGAACCUGCUAUUUGGGUCUGCAGAAUUAUACAUCAUACUGGGGUCAACCUGAUCUUAGAAAUUGCACAGAAAAUGCAGCAGAUAUUGCUAAUCAGCUUCUGAAUCUCACUGGUGAGGGGCAGCAGCUGACCUCAGACAAAGUAAAUGACGUUGUGCAGAAGCUCAAAAAAAUUGUGAAUGAUGAAGAAAUCGAUGAAUCUCUGGGUUCUACCGUGGUGACAAUUUUUUCCAAUAUUCUAGCCAGUUCAGACAGUGUAUUGGCAGCCUCAUCGUCAGAAGCCCUAAAAACUAUAGAUGCCUUGGCUUUAAAGAUCCAUUUUGCUGGACCAUCCAUGAGUAUUUCAACACGAAAUCUCGCACUUGGAGUGUCUUCUAUAAAUUCAACUUCAUUCAAAGGUGGUGCUUUCAGCGUUAGUCCACAGAAUAAUGCAUCUGAUUUCCAGAUAGAUUUUGACAAGGAUCAGACAAGUGCGAUCGCUUCUGUUGUUCUGCCACCAAGUUUACUGAAGAAUUUAAGUCAAGAUGAGUUUGAAGUUAUAUCCAGGGCUCAGUUUACUUUCUUCAAUAAAAAUGGUCUUUUUCAGGAUGCAGAAAAUUCUGCCAAUUUGACCAGUUUCGUGGUAGCAUGCAGUAUUGGAAACUUAACCAUUCAGGAUCUUCAGGAUUAUGUGAAGGUUACAAUCAAGCAUACCAAAAUUCAGGAAGAUCCUAAACCUACCUGUGUCUUCUGGGAUAUGAACAAAAAUGGUGGCAGUGGUGGCUGGAACCCUGCGGGCUGCCAGGUGGAUGCAGAGUCCAAUGAAAAUGAAACUGUGUGCUUAUGCAACCACCUGACACAUUUUGGGGUCCUAAUGGACCUUCAGAGAACCGUGACGCAAAUCGACCCACAGAACACCAAGGUCCUGACCUUUAUCACUUACAUAGGCUGUGGAAUAUCUGCUAUAUUUUCAGCUGCAACUCUUCUGACAUACAUUGCGUUUGAGAAGCUACGAAGAGAUUAUCCAUCCAAAAUCCUGAUGAAUCUGAGCACAGCCCUGCUCUUUCUAAACCUGAUUUUUCUGCUUGAUGGCUGGAUUGCAUCCUUUGACAUUGAUGGCCUCUGCAUAGCUGUAGCUACACUUUUGCAUUUUUUUCUUCUGGCCACCUUUACAUGGAUGGGACUGGAAGCUGUUCACAUGUACAUUGCUCUAGUGAAGGUGUUCAACACAUAUAUACGGCGAUACAUACUGAAGUUUUGCAUCAUUGGCUGGGGUUUGCCAGCUCUGGUGAUAGCAAUUGUUUUAGCAAGUGCUAAUACAAAUGCAAGUCAUGUUUAUGGCAAACAGUUAUAUGGCAGAGAUGCAAACGGGCAAGGAGGAGAUGACUUCUGCUGGAUCAAGAACGAAGUUGUCUUUUACGUAACUUGUGCCGGUUACUUUGGAAUCAUGUUUCUAAUGAAUGUCGCCAUGUUUAUUGUGGUGAUGGUGCAAAUCUGCGGGAGGAAUGGGAAAAGAACCAAUCGGAGCCUGAAGGAAGAGAUCCUGAGGAAUCUCCGUAGCGUGGUCAGCCUGACCUUCCUCCUGGGCAUGACAUGGGGCUUUGCCUUUUUUGCCUGGGGUCCCUUAACUCUUGCUUUCCUGUACCUCUUCUCAAUUUUCAAUUCAUUGCAAGGUUUGUUUAUAUUUGUAUUCCAUUGUGCUAUGAAAGAAAAUGUGCAGAAACAGUGGAGGAGACACCUCUGUUGUGGCAGAUUCCGACUGGCAGACAAUUCAGAUUGGAGCAAAACAGCAACCAAUAUUAUAAAGAAGAGUUCCGAUAAUCUUGGGAAAUCCUUAUCCUCUAGUUCCAUCGGCUCCAAUUCAACCUACCUAACAUCCAAAUCAAAAUCCACGACGAAUACAUAUUGCAAACGAAACAGCCAUACAGAGAAUGUUUUUCUUGACAAGCCAUCUUCAAAAUUUGCGCAAGAGGAUGGAGAACAGACAUCAAUCAUCCCUGUCCACCAGGUUAUUGACAAAGUCAAAGGAUACUGCAAUCCUCACUCCGACAACUUCUAUAAAAACAUCAUCAUGUCUGACACAUUUAGUCGCAGCACAAAGUUCUAACUGGGUUUCUGACUUACUGGUUUUUUUUAAAUCAAAGGAAUACAAAAAGUUUGCCUGGAAUUGAGAAUAUUGGAUGUCAUAGAAUAUGACCCAGUCAGUUACUUUUUCCCAGUUUUUAGUGUUUUCCUGCAAACAGCUUCCACUUCUGGACUGAUUUUUUAAGUUUUUACUGUUGUGGGAAACAAUAAUUUUUUACCAUGGUAUUGAGUUGUUUUUAAAUGUGUGCCAGCCAGCAUGAUGCCUGGACAGAUAAUUGCAAUCCUGUGUAAAUAUCUUCUAAGACUGAAGAGCCACAAGCCUAACUUUAAAUCAUAUAAUCCAAACAGAAGUCUUGACUCCUGGAGAAAAUAGCAGACAUGUCAUGCACUAUAGGCAAGCUUUUAUUGAGCAGUUUGCUGAUGAUCUUUUUGUUUUGAAAAAUAUGGGUUUUCCCUAUGGCAUGUGUUAGAUUCUUGCUUCUUGAAUGUCUAGUGCUCUUUAUUCAGAAAUGAGUAAAACACUAGCACCACUUAAAGGGCUAUUUUAAACUAUUUUUGCCUAAGUAGACCUGAUCAUGCAAACCUUAGUCACCAAAACAGCAUAUGCUGUAAUUGCAGACAAAUUUGUAUCCAUAUACAUAGAAAAACAGUUUACACAGAGUUGUGUUUCAGCAUUUAUUGAUUGGUAUGUAUGAAAUGCAGUGUCUUCCAUCUCGAGUCUAUGUUUAAUGUUCUCUUUUCACAAAACAAAAUAACAAAAAGACAUUCAACUAUAUCUAGAUGUAUAAAUAUAUACCUAGAACUCUCUCUACACAUUUUUAUAAUAACACACACAGUAAGUAUGACAAUGUAUACCAGGACAAUCUAAAAACUACAGACGGUGCUAAAACUUAAGUUUAAACAUUUAAAUGCAAGAUGAAUUCUUUGUAAACCGAUGAGUUUGUCAGUCUCUGUACUUCACAUAUACUGUAUGUAUAGACACCUCCAUCAGAUGGCAUUGCAACAUUAGAAUAACCUGGAACAUGUUUACCAAAAAUAAACAACAUCUUUCUGGGCACAUAAUGUUAUCAGUAUCCCUCUGUUGCCCUGCUGGAUAACAUGAUUGAGGUUGUUGGAUGCACAGAGUUUAAAUAGUGUUGAGGCAAUAUUAAGGAAUUUCACAUUGCUAUACUGUGUCCAUAAUGACA